GCUGAAGUGUCGCGAGAAGGGGCAAGGCCGUUCCGAGAGACCAGCGCGCCUCCGGGAUCGCGACCGCCAGCUUGCAGAGGACAGGAGGACACCCGUGGUCUCCUGAGGGCCGCAGCCGCAGGUGCCAUGUUCCUGACCGCCCUCCUCCGCCGUAAUCGCAUUCCUGGCAGACAGUGGACUGGGAAGCACCGGCGGCCGCGGACCGUGUCUUCCCAGGCGAAGCAGAACAUGAUCCGUCGCCUGGAGAUAGAGGCGGAGAACCAUUACUGGCUGAGCAUGCCCUACCUCACCGCGGAGCAGGAGUACGGCCACGCCGCGGAGCGCAGGGCGGCGGCCUUCGAGGCCAUUAAGGCGGCCAGCAUGUCCAAGUUCCCCCCCCACAGAUUUGUGGUAGACCAGCUCGACCAUCUCAAUGUGAGCAAGAAGUGGUCCUGACCCGGAGGCAGUCACAGGGCUGCCACCUCUGGACUGAUUCUGGAACCGAAGGAGGGGGAAGAAGGAUCCUUCGGACCAGUCUUCCUGAACAGCAAGCAUGAGGGUAGUGGUCUGCAUAGAGAGUAUCUGGGCCUCCAAACUCUUUAAUAAAACUUCAUAGUUAAGUCUC